UCCUUCUACUUCUCCUUCUUCUCCUUCUUCUCCUACUUCUUCAUCAACAACACCAGCCAUCAUCGUCUUCCUCUUCUUCUCCUCCUCCUCUCCUCCUCUUCUUCUUCUCCCUCUCUUUGCCGGGGAUGGAAGAGCUGACCGCUUUUGUGUCCAAAUCUUUUGAUCAGAAAGUGAAGGAGAAGAAGGAGGCCAUCACGUACCGGGAGGUGCUCGAGGCCGCCGGCUCGGCGCGCCCGCGGGACGCUCUGGCCGCAGACGCGGCGCGCGAGGACGCCGUUGCUGGAGCGCGGCUCGGAGGAAGCGCAGGGGGAGGUGGUGGCGCCCGCUCGCCGCCGCCGCGGGACUCGGACAUGACCGGGCCGGACAGGAGGGACUCGUGCAGCCCCAAACUGACCGACGGUGCCACGGAGGUGAAGGAGCGCAGGGAGGAGGCGAAGGCGGCCGAGGACGAGACGCAGACGAAGAUCAAGCAGCGGCGCAGCCGCACCAACUUCACUCUGGAGCAGCUCAACGAGCUCGAGCGCCUGUUCGACGAGACGCACUACCCGGACGCCUUCAUGCGCGAGGAGCUCAGCCAGAGGCUCGGGUUGUCAGAGGCGCGCGUGCAGGUUUGGUUCCAGAACCGGAGAGCGAAGUGCAGAAAACAGGAGAACCAGCUUCAUAAAGGGGUGCUCAUCGGAGCUGCGAGUCAGUUCGAAGCGUGUCGUGUCGCGCCAUAUGUCAACGUGGGAGCUCUGCGCAUGCCGUUCCAACAGGAUAGUCAUAGCAACGUGCCGCCCUUCUCCUUUCAGGUGCAGGCGCAGCUGCAGCUGGACAGCGCCGUGGCGCACGCGGCGCACCACCACCUGCACUCGCACCUGGCGGCGCACGCGCCUUACAUGAUGUUCCCGGCGCCGCCCUUCGGCCUGCCGCUGGCCACGCUGGCCGCGGAGUCCGCCUCGGCUGCGUCCGUGGCUGCGGCGGCGGCGGCCGCCAAGAACAGCAACAAGAACUCCAGCAUCGCUGACCUGCGCCUGAAGGCCAAGAAGCACGCGGCCGCGCUCGGCCUGUGA